CUAACUAAGUAGCAUUUAUGAGUAAGAAUUGUAGCCUGUGUGUGGCUAUAAAUACCAUCCCUCCCCAUGCCAUAAAUCGCAUCACAAACUAUAUACUAAUCUCCAUCUAAUAGUGUUAAUUUGUCUUUCUCUAUCUCUAUCGGUCAUGGGUGCUUUUGCUUUUGAUGAGGAAAACUCCUCCACCGUGGCUCCGGCAACACUCUACAAAGCUCUGACAAAAGAUGCUGACACUAUCAUCCCAAAGAUUAUUGGGGCCAUCCAAACUGUUGAAAUCGUUGAAGGAAAUGGAGGACCCGGAACCGUCAAGAAGAUAACAGCUAGUGAGGGUGACCAAACCAGUUUCGUGCUGCAAAAAGUGGAUGCAAUUGACGAGGCUAACUUGGUAUACGACUACAGCAUAGUGGGAGGGACGGGGUUGCAUGAAAGUUUGGAGAAGGUUACAUUCCAAACAAAGGUGGUUCCUGGCACUGAUGGUAAUGGCUCUAUCGCCAAGGCCACUCUCACAUUCCACACCAAAGACGAUGCACCACUCUCAGAUGCAGUGCGUGAUGAAACAAAGGCCAGGGGUGCUGGAAUUUUCAAGGCCAUUGAGGGCUACGUUUUGGCAAAUCCUGCUCAAUGAUUAUCCUUCAAACCACUUGCAUGCAUGCAAAUAAUAAUUAUAUAAGCUUAUGAUCUGGUUGUUGGAGUUAAUUUGUAUCAUGUGGCUUUGUUUGGUUUAAUUAAUUUCCUUUGUGAGCAAGUGUCGGUUUUAUUUAUGUAACAUUUUUAAAGUGUUACUAUUAUAAUUCGGUGAAUUUGGUUGAGUAUACGUAUGAAAAUGUGCGUGUGUUGGUGUUGACGUGUUUGGUCAUUUGUAUUCUGCAGUAAAUAUAUUACUAUAAUGGAGAGGAAUCUUAAUUAGUAAUA